AUGUCAGAUGGUAGCAGCACGCAUCAUGUUGGAAUGAUGAGCAGCGGAAAACGUCCAGCGACGACGAUGCCGAUAGGUACUCCGAUGCAGAGGCGCCGUGUGUUCCGGGCUGGAUCUCCCAGCUCCGCAAGACCGCUUACAACCGAGUCUGGGGUGGCAAGACACGCUGUUACACACACUUUCGAGAGGCAUUCUUUCAUGGCUCCAGGCACGACAAAUCGGGUAAAAAAGGCAGCGCCCAACGAGCACAGCGCGGCGAUGGAGCAGCAAGCCGACAGUUCGGCACGUUGGCGUCACAUGCACGACGAUGUGAGCCGCGCUCUGAAUUCAGCGCCUCGAAGACGGCAAGCUGGACCAGCGUCGUACACGAGCGGGGAACUACACGCAGCGAAAACGUUGGCGCAGACAGAAACCGGGGACCUUGGAGGCAACAACACCGAGAGAGUGGCCAAGAAGCUGCGGUCACUCAAUGCCGAGUACCAUGCCAGUAAUAUGCGCCACGGAGACGCCUACAAUAUGCGUCAUACCGACGUCUUCGACCGCCGCAGUGCCGGGUACAAAGAGUACUGGGGCACGCUGCGUAAUGUGUAUACGUCCUCGGGUACCAGAGAAUCGGGUUCUAGCACUUCAAUGUCUUACCGCAAGGCGCACCACGCGGCCAAGACUAUUCAAGAGGAAAACAAGGAGACAGAAGCUGAUUCCACGACCCCGGAUGACUCUGGAUCCAGCGAAGACGCCUUCAAGCCGACCGUGGUUGUUCACGACGCGUCACUAAUCAGCGCGAUCGAAAGGCUUACGGCUGCCACAUCGAACCACCUUGCAAACUUGUACCAGAAAGAGGCAUCCAAUACGAGGGAAGCCCUUGCUGGACUCACUUCGGUGAUGACGGACCUACGAGUGCAGCAGGGAAACGCCUUCGAGAGAAUGAUCGCACUGCAGGAGAAACAUCUGAAGGUGAUGGAAAGCAUUCUGGAGAUCAAACUGCGCAAGGAGGCAGCAAGAAACUCGAGAAACAGUUGCAACAGCAAUGAAAAUAGCAGUGGGAGCAAGUCUGGAGGCCAACCCAUGGACAGCUCGAACGGCGAUGAAAACACACCAAGUCAAGGUGCGGAGAGCGCAUUCUGACCUCAAUCUGGCUGAGGCGAGACUACACAAUUCACGGUUCAUAUGUACACGUUCCAAUUGGAUUAACUGACGAUUCGAGCAAUGAAGGAGGGGACUAAGGUUAGUUGAAAUAAAUGAGUGAUAUAUAAGUCUGCGCUAGUGCCUAGCAAGCGUAGACAUCCUUACGUGGGGUUCUCGGUCCGAUGACCGUUUUUCGGAGUUUAUUUGUAC